CUCUUUAUAAUUUCAUGGCGAGUGGCAGUACUGUGCUGUUCUGGUUAAUCGACAUCGAAAAUAUUGAGCGCGGGAAGAGAUAUAUCUAGUGUUUCACAACCAAUUUGUUCUUGCAAAACGCAUAAUCAAGUAAAUAAUAAUUUUUUCGUAUUCGUGUUAACAAUAAAUUGUGUUAAACAAAAUUAAAUGAAAACAAACUAUUCGAUUUGUUGCAAGGCGCAAGCCACGGGGUAGCAGCUCUGUUUGUGCGUGUAUGUGUGGUACAGUUGGGUAGAAAAAACAUUGCUGGCCUGGCAGCGCCGCACAAUUUUAUGAGUUCCAAAGCAGAAGUAAAGCGAUGCAAGCAAACUCAAAAAAGCGUAAAUCUAUAAAAAUAAAGUAAAGUGGCGUUGUGUUAUUACUAAUUGCAUGCCAGUACAACAGCCAAAAUAAUUAAAACAGCAAAUCAGUGCAAAAUAAAAUGAACGGUGUUGCCAAUUUGCUGGUAAUAUUCACAAACAGGGACGUCUUCUUGAACGCAAUCGCAAUCGAACGCAGUGCAGUGAAAGUGUGCGAAACAGAAAUCAUAAAGUCGUUUAUGAAAAGAAAAAACCGAAAAAUGUAAAACCAUUUAAAUUGACUUAUGAAAGAUGCGAGCUGGAAAAAAAACGGAAACAGAGAAAGGAAAGACUCGACCGUGCAUAGUAUACGUGAAAAAUCUAAAGGAAUCUGAGACCACGGAAUUAUUAAACUUUGGUAAACAGUCGAAAAUAGUUCGCAACGUCGCAGUCAAAGUUCCAAAUAGGCGUAUCAACACGGAGAGGGAGCGUGAGCGUGAGAGGAAAAGGGAGCGGGAACAAGAAGUAAGAGAGACGCGCACCACACGACGCGCUGCGUCCAUUGCAAACGUCGAGCUGUUGUCCAAGCGACAGACUGUCACCGGCGCCGCCGCCGUCGUCGUCGGCAAAUCUCCGACAGCAGCUGCAGCUGCACGCGGCCGUAACAUAAAAGCCAACGUAUUGAGAUCAACAGUAACAGCAAAACAAGCAACAUCACAACAACAACAGGCCAGACCUUUGAGCACGCGGAGAAACACAGAAUUACCCGUUGCCAGAGCAACAACAACAACGUGCAUACCAGCAACCCUCACCAAACGGCGGGAUACAACGCGACUCAUUGAAACGGAAUCCAAGACCCAAAAAAUGUACAAACAAUCAAAACUUAUGACGGCAUCGCCGCCGCCAACGAUUGCGGCAAGUCGAUCGAGGCGUUCGAUAAAACCGAAUCCCAAAUAUGCCAGCGAGGAUAUGGUGACGCCCAAGUAUGUCUCAUCAUUGGCCAACGAGAGUCUGAAUAAGCGUGCGGGCAAACAGUUAUUUAUGGAUGACGAUGACGAUGAUGAGGACGAGGAUCUGCAUGAUCUAAUCGAGGAGGAUAACGAUGAUGAGCUCAAUGAUGCCGCAUUUAUACCGCAAAUGCACAAAUCCGAUGAUGAUGACGAUAUGAGCGAGAAUGAAUACGAGCAGGAGCAGGAGCAGCUGCGUCGUGAAAAGGUUCCCCCAAAACGUGGACGUGGACGUCCACCAAAGAAUCCUCAAGCGAUUGCAGCUGCCGCCGCGGCUCAAGCGACACGUUCAGCUUCAACUCAAUACCAAACCGGACGUGGUGGUAUCUCACAAUCUGGACGUGGUGGUGUCACGAAUCUGCAGCAACUGCGUCGCACCAUGGCGGUAAAUGCGAAUUUGGCGCGCUCCAAUAUGACAGGCGGAUCUGUGCCGCUGGGCAACAAGCGCAAGCUGGAGGAUCACCAUGAGGCGCCAAUUGCGCGCAAAAGGAUGGCCACGGAUGGUAGCGGUAUUGGCAGCGGUGCUGGACGUGCGCCACCCGUUAUCAAUGGCAGCACAUCUGUGGCCAAAACGACAGCUAUUGGUCUGGCCAAGACCAAGGUCAUUAUGGGCAACAGCAACAACAACAGCGGAGGCGGAGGCGUGCGUUUGAUACAAGCACCAAAUGCCAAUAAACCGCGACAGUUGUCCAACUUUAAGAUGAGCACACCGGUGACGACAACGGCACGUGUGGGAAAUGUUGCUCGCCAGGUUGCGACCAAGUUGCAGAAGACAACGGGUGGAGGAGGAGCAGGAGCCGGAGGAGGAGCUGCAUCAGCUAAAAUGAAAGCGAUUAGCGAUGAUGUGCCGACAUUUACAAUUGUUAAUAUUGAUGAUAUUAUCAAUCAGGACGAUGUGCUGAUAACCCGAUCCUCGAACAACAACAAUAACAACAAGAAGUUGUCGCCUGCAGCACGCAACACUAACAACAACAGCAGCAGCAAUAGCAACAUUAACUCACGCAACAAUCAAUCCUCAUCCUCCGCAUCCACACUGAACAACAGCACGUCCAGUAAUAAUCUAAGCCUAAGCUCAUCCAUCAAGCGACUCAAAUCGACGCCCACAAUCACAACAACCGUGUCGACAAUGAAGGUAUCUUCAUCAUCAUCAACAGGCAAACAAUUGCUGGAAACAAAACCACGACCAAGAAUUCUUAAUGCAGAGAUGGGCAAGAAGGCGCCAAUGAUGAAGCCUUUGAUGAGCAUGGGCAAGGAGCUGUGCCCCAUGACCGAUGGCAUCGAUACUGAAGACGAAGACAUGUCCAACGAUUUGGAUGAUGACAUUACCAUAUCACCACCAGCAGCAGCAGUAUCAGCAGCCGCUCCAACACCACCGAUCACUCAAGCACGUGUGGUGCGUCGUGUCCAGACGGCCAAAUGGUUGCCCAAUACACGACGCAACAUUCUAUCGACGACAGCGUCGGUGAAUGUCAGCAAUAAUCAAAGGCAGCAACUGCAACAGCAACAACAAAAACAACAACAGCAGCAACAGAAGCAACAACUGGGCUCUGAUCGCAAAUUAACCAAACUGCUGGGCGAGAGUAACGAUGAUGAGGUGUUUAAGAAGCCGGCAAGUCCGUCAACAUCAACCACAACGCAACCACAACGUCGCUCCAAAGAGAAUGCCGCAGAUGAGGAUGAUGCAGCAACAGUUGGCGGUGCUCCAUCAUCGACCAACACCAACACCACAGAUACAACAGAAACUGAUGGCAAGAUGUCCGCUAAAUACUUUCCACCCGAGACAACAACAUAUUGUGAGGAGGAUGGACGCAUUGUUAAGAAGAUCACCUGCUAUGAGACCUGGCAUGUGAUUAGCACGCCCAAAGAGUCAACCAACAAGACACGACAGCAACGCACCUGCCUCGAAUUGCCGCUGGUGAAGCUGGCGAAUGUUGCAUCCAGGAUCAAGGUGCCGUCCAGCAAAUGGACCAGCAAGGUUACACUCUAUAAGGUCUCACCAUCGCUAAUGCAACGCCAAACGAUGACCAUAUUCACUGGCGAUCUAAAAACCUAUAAUAUACCCGAAGAAGAGCGUCACAAAUAUCAGCCAUCAUGUGUACUCUUUCGACGAUCUGUGCUCGAUCGCAGCCAAUGCCGUGUCCCCUUUGAUCGUGCCAUCAUCUUUAAGAACAAGUGCUUCUAUGCGAACAUCGAGGGCAAGCAUGUUAAUCUAUUGGGCGCCCCCGAGGUGGUCAAUACUGUAAAGGAUGUCGAGGUAUUGAUUGAUAUUGUCGAUUCGCUGGCAUUAUCAAGCGACCUCGUUGAAAUGGUCACAUCUAAGUAAGCAACAUUUUCGAAACUCAGUUGAUUGGCAUUUGGGAUUUAUUGUUGCUACUUGGAGUAUGUAUAAAA